AUGAAUUUUGUAGAAGCGGGAGAUAUUAGACCAUCAAGUUCUACCAGUUAUUCUGAAGUAUUUCCAUCAGGAGCUGGAAUCGAUAAGAUUCCUCGUGGUGCUGUGCGACAAAAACUGAAGUUGUUUGGCGGAAGUUUUUCUCAUGGUCGUUGUGGUGAAAUUAAUGUACGACAUUCAGCUUCGUUAUCAAAAGAACCAGUUGAUUAUUUUUUAGAAAGUAAAAAAUUUUCUACUAAAAUAUCUAUCAAACGACUUCCGCAGAACACGAUGCAACGAUAUCAGUCCGGCUCGACAUCAUCGUUGAGGCUUCCUUCUGAUAAAAUAGGCAGUUCUCGCGUUCGACUACAAAAUGCUCAAGCAACUUUGACUGUAAAAAGGAAUGAGACUCCAAACAGGUUGAAGAAAAUAAAGACGUCUGUGGACGGUAGGCAUACCUUUAAAAAGCCUGUAACGUACGCCUCUGCAGGUCAUCUCAUAUUAGUUUCUACUUUAGUAAUGGUAAGCCGUGAAGAAGCUUCUGGAUGUAUUGAUGCUGCUUUUAAAAACUUUUGCGGUGAACGCGUGGAGCUCGUGGAGCCCGGGACGAACAGGACGUCGCAACCAUUCGAAACGAAAUAUAAUGAAUCUUUCAGUGAAAAAUCGGUUGUCAGAAUUGAUGGUCCUAUUUACCAACAGCCAGUGAUACAAAGAUCGCCACAAGAAACCGUGGCCAGCAGUAGUCUAUAUGCUAAUGAGCUCAGCAAGUCUUCCACUUGGGCUGGUUCGCGAAAGCCUGAAGUUAUUUAUGAUCAGCCGUUUACCGGGACCGAAAAUGCGAAAACCAUUCAGGUACCAUUAGCUCCAAUAAGUCCUCGAAUACUAGUCGCGCAACUUGCCUCAUUUAAGGAAUUAAAUCAACAGUUGGCGGUGAAACUAGCAAAAGCAGAACGUGAUGCACAGCUCUUUCGUCUACAAUUAAGCUUGCUGAAUGAAAAUAACGAAGCUGAGGUUGAAGGUAGAAAUGAUGUUGAAACUCUUCGAGAGGAAGCUCUUGAAGCUCUGCUGAAGGAACAGGAAGGCAACGGUUUAAGACCGUUAAGCCCUGCUUCUAUCAGAAAAAACUGCGAUCGCAUGCUUCAAUUUGUAAAAGAAUAUGGAUGUUCUAUGGAAUACAAGAAGGAAAAUCGAACUCCUGAGGUCAGUUUUCUAGCUGCACUUGAAGAAUGUUCAAUACCUGGCCACGUUGAACAGCAUGAUGCUGUGCGAGGGAAUGGUAUUUGUAAUGAACCAGAAGAUGGACGAAGCAUCGGUUACAAGCAAAGUUACAACCCUGCUCAGCAGAUUUCCGCUCUGCAAGGUAAACUUACUCUUCUUGAAAAUGAACUUUCAAUGAAGGAUGAUGAAAUAGAUCGUCUUGAGAGAGGGAUUGCAGACGCCCAACGUUGUGUUUAUUCAGUUUGCAAGUCAUUUUUUCUUCUGUGUAAAACAGUACUCGAAUUGCAGAAUCAACAGUUGAACGCCAAAUUGGGGAUGCUCUCAAUGGGUAAUACUGUAGAACGACGCGUCCAGGAUAAAGAACUUAGUGUUGGUUGA